AUGGCGUUACAUCUGGGAAGGCGUGGCCCAGCGCCAGCCCCGCCUCCCCUGGGGCGGAAGUCGCUGGCUAGGUACCGGAAGCCGUGGGGCGUGGCUGGUCGGCGGCGCGGCGGGGUAGAUAUGGCGACCGAGGGGGACGUGGAGCUGGAAUUAGAGACCGAGACCAGCGGCCCGGAGAGGCCUCCUGAGAAGCCACGGAAACAUGACAGUGGAGCGGCGGACCUGGAGCGGGUCACCGACUAUGCGGAAGAGAAGGAGAUCCAGAGUUCCAAUUUGGAGACGGCCAUGUCAGUCAUUGGAGACAGACGGUCCCGGGAGCAGAAAGCUAAACAAGAGCGGGAGAAGGAACUGGCUAAAGUCACAAUCAAGAAGGAAGAUUUGGAGCUGAUAAUGACCGAGAUGGAGAUCUCUCGAGCAGCAGCAGAACGGAGCUUGCGGGAACACAUGGGCAAUGUGGUCGAGGCUCUUAUUGCCCUAACCAACUGAUCAGUGCUUUCUUACCCAUACUUACUGGCUUAAUUUAUUGCAAUAAAAAUUUUUUGGUCUUUA